CAGUAUGGCCGGCGACAUUAGCUAGCGCUAGCCCUACGCUCUUCUCUGCAACAGGGGAAAAUACGGACUACAAGGAACCGAACCGCCUCGCCUGCCCCGCGCCCGCCCGCCCGGACUGUAAGCCCCGCGCUCACGCCGCAGCCGCCGCGCACCCGGGCGGUUCCGCUGCUGCCGGUUUGGCUGAAGGGUCACGUAACAAACAUCCACUGGAAGGUGACUCGCGGCCGGGGAGCCGGCGGCGGCGCGGCCCGUGCAGCAGCGGCCGCCGGGCUGGGCUUAAUUUCUGUGGUUGUUGGUUGCCGAGCUGUCGCGCCAUGGAGGAGAACGGUGCACACUUCUUCGAAGGGACCGAGAAGCUGCUGGAGGUGUGGUUCGCCCAGCAGCAGCCCGCGCCGCAGGAGCCGCACCAGAGCAAGGGGUCCGGCGACCUCCGCACCAUCCCCAGGUUUGAGUGGGACAAACUUUUGGAGAAUGUGCAUUGUUUGAUCAUAAGUGUGACAAAAACUGACAAGCAGGAAGCUUAUGUACUCAGUGAGAGUAGCAUGUUUGUCUCCAAGAGACGUUUCAUUUUGAAGACAUGUGGUACCACCCUCUUACUGCAAGCACUGGUUCCCCUGUUGGAGCUUGCUAGGGAGUACAGUGGGUUCAACUCAAUUCAGAGCUUCUUUUACUCACGUAAGAAUUUCAUGAAGCCUUCCCACCAGGAGUACCCACAUAGGAAUUUCCAGGAAGAAGUAGAGUUCCUUAAUGAAAUUUUCCCAAAUGGAGCAGCUUAUUGUAUGGGACGUAUGAAUUCUGAUUGCUGGUAUUUGUACACUCUGGAUUUCCCAGAAAGUCGGGUAACCAAUCAGCCAGAUCAGACACUGGAAAUUCUGAUGAGCGAGCUUGACCCAGUAGUUAUGGACCAGUUCUACAUGAAAGACGGUGUUACUGCAAAUGAUGUCACUCGUGUGAGUGGAAUUCGUGACCUGAUACCAGGUUCUGUCAUUGAUGCUACAAUGUUCAAUCCUUGUGGGUAUUCAAUGAAUGGGAUGAAAUCGGAUGGAACUUAUUGGACUAUUCACAUCACUCCAGAACCAGAGUUUUCUUACGUUAGUUUUGAAACAAACAUUGGUCAGACAUCCUAUGAUGAGCUGAUCAGAAAGGUUGUAGAUGUUUUCAAGCCAGGAAAAUUUGUUACCACACUUUUUGUUAAUCAGAGUUCUAAAUGUCGCACAGUGUUUUCUUCUGCCCAGAAGAUUGAAGGGUUUAAACACGUUGAUCGCCAGAUUGCUCAGUUCAAUGAUUACAAUUUUGUUUUUACCAGUUUUGCCAAGAAGCAGCAGCAACAUAGUUGAUUAAGAAAAAUGAAGAAAAAACGCAAAAAGAGAUCCCUUAUAGAAGGUGGUGGCUGCUUUCUAGUUAAUGAUUCAGGGGGCCAUGCUUUCCACUACCACCUUGUAGUUGGGGAAAGCCCUAGAUGUAAUCAUAGUAUAAUCAUUUUGAAUUGUAUGCAUUAUUAUAUCAAGGAGUUAGAUAUCUUGCAUGAACGCUCUCUUCUGUGUUUAGGUAUUCUAUGCCACUCUUGCUGUGAAAUUGAAGUGCAUGUAGAGAAAUGUUACUGUACAAGACUUCACACCACAUUUAAAAAGAACUCAAUUAGGAUUUCACACAGUAUAGCUUUUCUCCAGGUAUCACCAAAAAUUCCCCACAGACAAGGCUUUCGUCCUCAUUAGACAUUGGCCUCAGCCUUCUCAUCUGGGACAGUUCUUCAUUAAAUUGCUGCCAGAAUUUUUCAUCUAUGCUGUAAUUUCAAUCUCCAGACCAUUUCUUGAGAACUUAGUGUGUUCGCUAAUGAAAUUUGAUUUCUAAUUCACAUGUCAAUGGUGGAAUCAAGGUUCUUGCACUUGAUAACACAUGAUUUUGCAAGACUGAGAACAAAUAAAGGCUAUUACAUAUAGGGGCAUGUCUUUUUAUUUGAGAUGUAAUAACAUUACUCAGAGUUAGUCCUUUAAACUGACAGGGUUUUGUUCAGAAAGGACUGAAGGGCAAUAUACUGUAGCACUGUGGGAUAAUGCACUAACUUUUCACUUCUAGAAACUUGGGUUCAAAUACUAGCUUAGGUCAAGUGUUCUCAUCUCAUUUACUGCCCAAGUUGAUAUUGGUUUAUAUCCCAAAACCACCAUGUUUCUACAGGAUGCUAGUCUACAUUCAAAGGAGGCCCAGAAAAUGUCAGAAUACAGAUGCUUUGGCAUAGUUGAAUUGGUACUUUUCAAAGCUGUCACAUGGUUAUAAUUUUUCACUUUUGUAAUCUACUCAAGCUGUGUUUCUAAUAUUGACUUACUAGAGCUAAUGCACUCAAAUUUGUUGGCAGGUGGAGCAAGUAAAAAUAGAAUUUGAGGCAUAAACUGUUACAUUAACUUUCACUUCCAGUUUUGAUCAAAUAUGCUAUAAACUGGUCUAAAUGUUUUCUGUUUUGUCAUUCCAAACAACAUCAAUGCCUUUAUCUCGUGACUGAAAGUCCUGUGAUGUUGUGCGUGUGACUUAAUGCUGUAUUCAACAGUGUUGUGACUUCACCUGUUUUCCUUCUAACUGUGGUGAUUCUUUUUACCAUGACUUGAUGGCAUUAAGUGAAUGACUGUAAGAACAAGAAGGGUCUGGGAUUGCUGGAUCCAAUGAAAUAGAAUGCUAUUCAUAGAGCAGUAAGUGUGUAAUUCAGUCAUUUAAUGUCUAUUGACUAAUAGAUGCAGGCUUUCAAGAGUUGAUAUUUUCAGCUAUGUUUGCAAAUACUGUGGGAUUUUAGUAAUAUGAGACCAAGUAAUUACAAAUUUUACACUUCCCUCUUGACCUCACAAUAUUAUUUUGGCUUUCUGGAUUGACGCAAUGGUUUUUUGUUCCUUCCGUAUUUAUAAAUGAAGCACCUUUUAGUGUUUCUAAACUAAGAAAUCUGCUUGAUUUGGAAAUCAAGUGGUUGGAACAUUAUUUUGACUUAUUUUAACCAUAUUGUUUGAAGACUUGAUUGAAGAAGUUAUCUACCAGUGAUGAUUUGCUUCUGUGGAUGGCACCUAGUGGUUUUUUUGGUGCUUAUAUUUUGAGGACCAAUAUUUUAAGUUUUCUUCUUAAACAUUGUCCCAACUGAUCUGACGUUAUGUUGGCUUGAGGUCCUAUAAUACAAAUAGACCCGAGAUCCCUUUCUGAGUAAAGUUGGUAAAAAAAACAACACACAAAUUUAUAUAAAUAAGCCGUGGAUAGAAGAUGAAAGCUAUUGAAUGAACUAUAUUGGGUGAUCAGGAGAGGGGGUACUAUGGUUUUAUAAUUUCUCUAUGGUGUUAGACUUUGAUAAUUUAAAAAAAUAUAUUGUACCACAAAACCUAAUGCUUCAAUAAAAGUUUGCUUAAUAAAA